AGCAGCGUGGAUGGAUUAAAGGUAUGAGCAGGAUGCCUUGAGCUCGUGACCCCGUGCCAUUUACUGGUAAAUCCAUAACAUACUGAGAGGGACUACAUGGAUUAAUACAUUGGAGCAGAUACAUAAAACAUGGGAGACCUGGAGUGUGGCUUUGAGGAAAUGCAAGGAGUGAGGCUGGGAUACCUGCUCAUCCAAGGCAAGCAAAUGUUUGCUUUGUCUCAGGUCUUCACCGACCUGCUCAAGAACAUCCCCCGGACCACAGUUCACAAGCGCAUGGACCACCUGAAGGUGAAGAAGCACCACUGCGACCUGGAGGAGCUGCGGAAGCUCAAAGCAAUAAACUCUAUAGCUUUCCACGCCGCGAAAUGCACUCUGAUAUCGCGGGAGGACGUGGAGGCUCUGUAUUUCUCCUGCAAAACGGAGCGGGUGCUGAAGUCCAACAAAAGGAAAGCGAAAGCUGCUAGUUCCCCCAGGGAUGGGGACGAGUCCCCGGGGCGUCUUCACGCAGACGCCGGGCUGUGGAAAGAAAAAGUUUGGUUUAGUUUGCACGGCGUCCCGGACACUCUCACGCUUCACAACAAAACAGACAGGAGAGAGCUGACUCCUUGCCUUACCGACUCCAAACUACCUCAAUUUUACCACAAAACACACGGGCGGGGAUACCGUUCGGUGACAAAGUCCAGUCACAAACACUUUAAAAACUAUGAAACAGCAAAAAUAACAGGGAACCGCGUUACUUUGAGCCAAAGGCAUUCGUUUUUCCGGAGCGCUGUGAGCCGGCAGCCGGUGGUGCUUCAGUCCGCCAUAGCUGCUCAGUCCAGGCUCUCGCGCUCAGCCGGCGACCUACUUCACAAAAGGAAGAGGAGGCGCGAGGGGGGCGGCGGCAGGGACAGCGCGAGGCACUCGUGGAGCAGAAGCAGGCACGCGCACCACCACGUACCGCCGGUCCUGCUAGUACAGCCCAAAUCCUCCGGCGGGCACGCGACUUCUUUUGGCGCUUUCCACCUCAGUUCGGAAUUCUAUCUCGACCCCAGACCUCACCACCAUCACCACCACCAGCACCACCAUCACCACCACCACCACGAGCCCGCUUUUCCAGAGAGCUACAGCAGCGACAGCGAGUCCAGCACCGCCUGCUCGGACCGAGCAUACCCAGACUCGGACUUUGGCUCCGGUUUCUCCACCAGCAGCAACUCCGCGAGCUCGGAGGAGGAAGAGGAGGGCGAGGAGGAAGAUGACACACAGUCGGAAAGUUCAGAGGUCAGCUCAGAGGAGGAAGAGAGCUCCUCUCAGUCCGACUCGAGCUCGGUUUCCAGCCGGGUUUCGGUGCAGAGUAUCCGGUUCAGACGGGCUCGGGUCGGCUCUCUCGCCAAAACUCUCCACACCGGUAAAGCACCUUUGGUCCUGGAGCCCACGUUUCACUACAACAACCAGCAGCAACACGAGAAACAACCCAGAACUCUGGGUCAUGAUGCCUCUUCACAGACAGUGGAGGAGCAGCGUCAGAAAUGUGAAUUUAUAUGCAGUGAAACUACAAAAGACUUUGGACCUUUAAAGCCAAAAUUUAACUCAGAUAUUGUUGGGGAGAGCUUUUUCUCUGAGCCCAAAAGGGAAAAUACGUACGAGGUUGACCCCCAGGAUGAGCUUACACCUUAUUCACCGGUGCCCAACCGGAAUAAGGCCUUUAACCCCUCACGGAGGACACCGGGGUAUCCCACCAAGUCCCCCCCUGGACUGAGCUCCCAGUGGGAGCACGACAAAGACGCCAAAUCUACCGAGAAAAGAGAAGCAAAAGCCACCAGCAUAAAACUGCCAACUCCGGUGAAAAAAAUCAAGAUCGAGGCAGAGGAGACGUCUGUGUCCGCUUUACCCCUCACUGACAGCGGAAGGACAGCCUGGACGCCCCCCUUCAACCUCCAUAAUGUGAAAGUUAAAGUGGAGGAGAGCUGUGAUGAAUAUGAAUACCAGAGCCAAGCUGCUGUAGUGAAAAGCAAAGGAGACAAGACAGAGAAUGGGCAAUAUCCCAGUGGAGUCAUCAAACAAGGAGACUAUUUCUCAGAGAAGAGCCCUGAUGUGGUCCCAACGUCCCCUCAGGAAUGCAGGAGCACCCAGAACUCCCCUUGUAUUGAGGAGGGGGAGCAGGGGAGCAAAAUGUGCUGGGCUCCGGUGCUUGGGAGUAAGAAAUCCAGGGUUUCCAGGUCUCAACGAAAACAAAACGUGCCCAGGAUCCACAAAGCUGCCUCUUUUUCUUCCUCUUCCUCCUCCACAUCCUCCUCUUCUUCUGAACCUUCCUCACGUCCUGAGGAGCCAUCCACUGAGGAUUUACCGAGACGUAAACAACGCAGCAGUUCGAGCUGCGCAGCAGCAUCACCGGCUAGAACGCCUUUCAGCCUGAUGGCACAUUUCCCAUCCCCACCGUCGCUAGUUGUUGGCAGCGACGGGGAUUUGUGCCCCGCUUACUCCCUGAACUCGCUGAGGGGCCCCGGGCCUCCCCCCCUGUCCCACCCCGUGUGGAGGUGGCAGCCAGGCGGCCAGAUUCUCCCUCCCCCACCCGCCCAGAGAACGAGGAAAUACUGAGCUAAAGCAGGGAAACAAAAGCCUCCAAAACGUGUCCAUCUCCAGAUGGAGUCUGAACGUGAGCUCCUCAAAACGGCUCACAACUUUAUCGAUCUCUAGUUUUUUUCCUUUACUGUGGCGUUUAUUUUAAAGUUUGAUCGAGGGAUCCCUUCUUUUUUGGAGACUGAAAAGGGACUUUGAGACACCACGCGUGGAUUUAUGCUAAGAAAAACUUGUGUUUUAAAGAGCUGUCAGUCCUAAGCAAUAUGUAAGGUUCUCAUUACUGUUUACUUGACUGUUUCUCUUCUGCUUUUCUAUGCUCGACCUGUUGGAUUGUAUGGUUCCAGGGUUUUUUUCAUGGUUUGUCUGACAGAAGAAAGAAAAACAACAAUCCUUAGGAUGAGGCUACACUCUAGUUUGGGUUGAGAGUGAGUUUAUCUUGGUAAAUAAGAGACAAAUCCAGGUUUCCCAUUCUGUGCCACUCGUGUUUUCUAUGUCAAAGUUUUCUUUGAUGAUUAUCAUGCUGAUCAGCUUGGCCACAACAUUUUUUUAGAUUGGUUUGUAAUUUAAACCUUUAUGUGCGCCUUUUGGGAUUUGACAGGAUUUUUUCCCAGGUGUUUUUUAGUUGUUGUUUUUUCUCGACCUGGUUUUCAGCCUUUUUUUGUUAUUCAUAAGGACUAUUUCCUGGUUUGCAAACGUGUGGCUGCGUACAGACGCAGGUCCAGACACAACACUGGCCUUAUGUACAGACAAUCAGAAAGAAAAACAUAAGAACCAUAGCACCCACGUGAUCGGCAUGAUUCACGUCCAUCCAGGUCCACUUGGCCACCAAUUUCUCCUGAAUAGGAGGGGGGGGGGUCUGCCACUAAAAAAUGCGUAAAUCACGGUUUAAGAAAGUGCCAAAGAGAGGCUAAAGAUGGGAUGGGAUUCAUGCGUCAAAAUGGGUUCAAACUGCACCAAAACAGCAUUUAAAACAGCGCCUAUGGCGUCUACGUAGAAACAAUGCCACAAAGCACAAGAAAUGGGCUUGCACUUUGAUACUGUUGGGGGUCAUGUUUCAGCUUUAGGGUUUUUCUGACUACAGCCUAUGAAAUGGUGUAGGAGACAUGCAGCAGCUAAAGAAGGGACUGUUGGCUUGAUUUGGAUGCAGACACAAAGGCCAAACUGCAUUCAUUUGACUGCAAUUUGAAUAUUUAUGAUGCACCCAUAUGUGAGUGAAACCAUGCCAUGAUAUUCUAAUUGUUUGCCCUUCAAAUCACUGUUGUACAUUCUCUAAAAAUCAAAUAAUCCAGACAAGGACUUCUAAUGGAGAGUCACAGUGUGAUCACCCCCAAACAUUGCUUUUAUUCACCAUUUUUUACAUAUUUUUAAUUCAACUUUCAAUGAAUGUAGAACCCCAGCAGGCAGCUCCUCCCUGUCACCUUUGAAACAGAGCUCAAUCACUUGGUUGAAGUUGCACGGACACGUAGAUAUUUGAAGCAACGUGUAGAUGUUUUUAAUGGCAGUGCAGGACGUACUCUGCUAAUUGGCAGGCUUUUCUGCCUGCGACAAAGAGGAGGCCCAGCUUAUGGCGAGCCAGAUCACAACAAACCCAAAGCCCGUGAAUGAUGUCAGCCCCCUCUCUCACACACAGCACAGCAAAGGGUGCACUCAUUCAAUUCAGAGGAUUGUAGGAACUAUUUAAUGUGUGAUUGUAAAAAAAAAAAAAAAAAUGUACAGAAAGAGUGAGUUUGUAAAUCAGCGUGGAUAGGUGGAGUCAUGCAGUUAAAGCUCCUCUCAUCAGCCACCAUUGGCCUUAAUUCUGGGCGACGAUUCAGACUUGAACUUAAAUUUCCAGCCUGUAAACUGGCCAUUUUUUUUUGUGAAGCCAUGGCACAAGCUGGUAUAUGUGCAGGCUAGCAGUAGAAAAAAAAUGGAGGGGGUUGCACGAGGUUGAGAGCGAGAUGAGGGAGGGAGGAGGGGGGUAGCUGUGUUGCAAGAGACGAAGCUUUCAACCUUUAAUCCGCAUGUCAAAGGCAUAGGCUGCACGGCGUAGGGAGAAGAGGAAUAGCCAGUUGCAGGGUUCGUCCCCUCCCCUGACGCACCAGCCUAUUCUCACGCGGGCGCUGACAAUGCGCCGGCGGAGGCACGGAGAUGGUGGUAAUGGCCUGUUGGGAGGGCCCUUUUCCACCGUAAAGACAAAUAGCUCUCUGACAGUGACGCUAUCAAUGUAAACAAUUGCAUCGUGCUAAAGCUAGAAGCUGGAUCAUGCACUCCCUCUCUCCCCCUCCUCCUCUCUUCCACCUCUCUGCCCUGCCCUCCUCAUCCACUUUGCUUUUUGAUACAAUACUUGAGGUCAUUUUUUUUUUUACAUGGAAUUUGAAGUCACUGGUUGUUUAUAUGAAACUGAAUAUUUAUUUUUGUGAUUUUCUUUCCUGUUUUUUCCUUGUACAAUGUUUUUUUUUUGUUGUGAAUUUAUAUUUAGAGGACAACUGCACUCCAAAUGGAAACUUGAACGGUGGAUUUCUGAAGCACUUUCCCUUUCUUUUUUUUUUAAUUAUGAAGCAUUCA